CUAGGCUAGCCUAGAUCUACAUAGAAGAUGUGUUCAUGAAUGUAAUAACCGCAACUAGAAAAUGUAGAUUGUGGUUAGAUUUUUGCUAAGAGAAAAAACAACUUGGGAAAAGUGUGAUGGAAACUGAAUGAUAGCUGAUUAAAAAGGACAUGCUAUUUCACCUGAUAUUUAGGCCUAUGUGAAUCUUAAAUGUGAACAAACCAUGAUUAGAAUCUAGACUAGAUCUAGAUUUCUAGGUCUAGAUAGUUGUUUUAUAAAUGGAAGAAAACUAUGAAUCAGGUACAGACAUUUUAAAGACAAUGUGUAGUCUGAUAGAAGAAAGAAUAGAUUCUGGAUUAGGAUCACUUGGUUAUGUAUCAUCGGAUACUAGCAACUUGUCGAUAGCUGAAGAACCAGUGACUGACAAUACGGCCAGUAGAUCCCGGUCUGUUGAAAAAAACACAGUCGACCUUAGUCAUCAACUUUCUCUUAUUAGUAUUGAUAGUUUAAAAGAAAAUUGUGAUUCGGGAGUUGAUGAGAACUUCAUAUCGAAUUUGAGAAGCCCAGAUUCACAAGUUUUGGAAAACUGGUCGUCGCCAAGUUUUUCAGCGGAACAAAUUGUUGAAAUAUUUCGAGGUGAUGAAGAUGGAGACAACCAUUUACACUUGAGUAUCAUCCAUGGCUUGCCAGAGGUGACCAUGCAAAUCAUUGGGUUGGCACCAGACUUGGAUUGGUUGAAUCAGACCAAUAGCCUCUUACAAACACCCUUACACAUUGCAGUCAUCACAGGACAGACUUGUGUUGUUGGGAGGUUGAUGGCAGCUGGGGCAGCACUGGAUGUCAGAGACCAGCUUGGGAACACUCCCCUACACAAUGCUUGCAGGCUGGGCUUCACAGACAUUGUACGGACAUUGAUCACACCUGGUCAUUAUGAAGAAACUUUGCAGAACCAGUAUGGCAUUCCAAAUCAGCAGUUUCCCCAAGAUUUGGAGUUAAAAAACUAUGAAGGUCUGACUUGCCUCCACCUUGCUGCUAUUGGAGAACAUGUGGAUGUUAUGCAGCUGUUACUGGCUGCAGGAGCAGACGUCAAUCAGCCAGAGGGCAAGAGUGGACGCUCUGUCUUACACUUGGCUGCAGAGUGGGGAAACCUCAACAUGCUGCGCUUUUUACUUUCAUUUCAAGAGACCCACAUUGAUGCACAAACUUAUGCAGGACUAACACCUAUUCUGCUGGCAGUGGGGCGUAAACAUGAGGACAUUGUGAAGGAGCUUUUCAAACACGGAGCACUUUUAGAGAGACUAUCAUUGAGUGAUGAUUCUGACAUUUCAGAUGAUGAAAUGAAUGGAGAUGCAUCAGAAUACAGAACAUUUGGACUCUACCAACCAAAGUUGUGCCAGAAUACAUGUGGGUAGCCCAGCUUUAGCAGUCGGCUGGGAUCCAGAUGAACAGGACUACUCUGGAGGUUGAAUGUGAAGCUGGCAGAUGACCAGUACCAAAUGAGACACCAUCUUGUUGGCAUCCCAAGAUGUCACUCAGUAAAUAAAAAGGUGUUGGCCUGUUCUCAAACAUUUAUUUAGCACCUACUGUAGAGCAAGCAAGCUACUGUUCUCAUUGUAUAUAUGUACAGAGGGCUCUGGUGUUUGUUGUAGAGGACAGUCCUAAGGCUUGAGCUCUUGUAAGCAUUCUAGAGAAAUAGAUCUAAAAAUAAACCUAAUCUUAGAUUCUAA